AUGGCAGAAGCAGUGGUUCAAUUGCGCUGCGGCGUCAAAAACGAUGGCUGGGGCAAGAAAGCAAAAGACUCUCUGGCUGCUCAACUCUGGUCCAAGACACCAGGGACAGGACCAAUGUGGAUGGGCACUUAUCCCAAGGUUCCCUCCUACCUUGUCUCGACGGGGGAGCCUCUGCAGGAGUAUCUCAAGAAGCACCCGCGGCUUGUGGGCAAGGCCGUGCUGGAUCAAUAUGGAGCUGAUAUUCCAUUUUUACCAAAGAUCCUCUCGUUUGCCAAAGCUCUGCCGCUCCAAAUCCACCCGAACAAGUCGCUGGCCUCCAGACUGCACGAGCAGGACCCCGUCAAGUUCGCAGACAGCAACCACAAACCCGAGAUUGCGGUGGCCUUGUCGAACUUUGAGCUGUUCGUCGGGUGGAAGCCGUUGGCAGACAUCCAAGCACUGUUCAAGCUCAACUCGUUGGAACGGUUUGUACGAUCGCCCGGGGAGUUCACGGACGCGACGCUCUGCGACAUCUGCGAGGCCCUCCUAACAGCUUCGCCGGAGACGGUUGCGUCGACGAUCCAUGAGCUGCAAAGCAUUCCCGAGUCGCAGUUUGGAGCCUACCCGUAUAUCCCCGGGAUGCUGGCCCGGCUGCAGCGCGAGUACUCGGAAUUCGACAACGGCAAUCUCGUCGCCGCGCUGCUGAUGAACUAUCUCACGCUGGGUCCCGGUGAUGCUGUCUACGUCCCCGCCGACAGUAUUCAUGCGUACCUGUGCGGCGAUAUCUUCGAGUGCAUGGCUCGCUCCGACAACGUGCUCAACACGGGGUUCUGCCCGCGCGCGCAGCGCGACAACAUCGCUCUCUUCACGCAGACCCUGAGUUUCGCCCCGCACAAUGCCGCCGAGGCCCUCCUGCCUCGUCGCAAAAGCGACAAGGGCCUCGCGGGACACACAGACGUGUACGCCCCGCCCAUCGCCGAGUUCAACGUUCUGGCCACCUGUCUCGGGGCCGGCGAGACCGAGACUCACAAGUCCAUCCUGGGACCUAGCUUGAUGAUCGUCACCAAGGGGUGUGGAACGGUGAAUAUUCCGGGAGACACCACGCUGCACCUCAAAGAGGGUCAUGUGUUUUUCGUCGGGCAGGGCGUUCCCUUGGAUUUCUACUCCAAGACCGGCAUGGCUGUUUUUAGAGCCUACACGGAGUGA